UGAUAACCGAGGCUAUUGGGGUGGGUUGCUGUUUGGAGAUCGUGAGGAGACUCACAAUCUUUUGGUGCGGGUCCUGAUCCUCACCCGAGGCCGCUUCCCGGCACGGAGGUUGUUGAGUGGAAACUUCGACCAGUAUCCGUCAUUCUUCUCAACAUGUCAAUGCGCUGUGGUGUUGAUGCGCCGGUGGUGAUGGACGUCACUCAUGGACUCGACGAUGUGACGCGGCGACCACGGUGUGGACAGACAGCUCUCUGUAGAUUAGAACAUUGUUGCCCCGAUGUCGGUGCCAAGGUAUAUAACAUGAAGGCGCCUUGGAUUUUACCAACCGAUAGUUCAUCAUCGAUGCGACACGAUAGUGAACAGAAGAAAACACAAAACACACCAGAGAGCAAUGGAGCAGUAGCCGGCUUCCUUCCAGCACGACCAAGUCGAACCCCCCGGGCAGAUCAACAAUGUGUCGGCGAUGCACAGAAUGUUUCGGUCCCGGCCUCCUUGUUGCUGGACACGGGUGUAUCGCGUCGUCUAGGCCUGCAACGCACUGAUGCUUCCUCCUGCGCUGCCCUUGAACGAUGCAGGGUAUGGCGCGAGCCCUUGUCUUUCGCCUUGUCCCCAGAGUUUUCGGCCCAAGUUUGCGCUCAGACGAGUCGUCCCCAUGGCGCUCCGUUUCAUGUUAUGGAAAGCAACAAGUCGUUUCGUCGCAUGUCAAGAUCGGACACCGCCAAGAGCCCACGAUGCGAUUUUGUCAGGACGUCCGAUGUUCACCUUUUUAGCCCUCACAGACGUCACCACCACCUGAGCCCGCCAUUCCAGACGACGCGCUGCAGGCGGCUAAUACCGCCUUGACCGGCCACCGAAUCCUUCUAGAGACCGUACUCGUAGCACGGCCCAC